GGACAGGGAAGACUUACACAAUGUCCUGACACCACGUCCUGACACCAUGUGGUCUCUGAUCUUCUGCUUCCUGAGCCACCCCCAAGACACUGGAGCCCGAUCACACUCUCUGCACUAUUCUUACUCAGCCGUGACGGAGCCGGGCCCAGGAGUUCCUGCAUUUUUUGCCAGUGGCUUUGUAGAUAACCAGACCUUCAUCCACUAUGACAGUAGGAAGAUGGAGGCAGAGCCUUGUGCUGACUGGCUGAGGGAAAAUCCAUAUUACUUUGAUGAGGAGACCCAGGUUUUCACCAAUCAGAUGAAGAUCUUCCAGUUGAGCCUGAGAAACAUUCAGCAAUACUACAACAGCUCUGGUGACCGGAGUCACAGAGCAGACGGCUUCCACCAGCAAGCAGGCCCUCACACCCUCCAAUUCACGUACGGCUGUGAGAUGCAGGGCAACAGGACCACAGGGCACUGGCAGUAUGGCUACGAUGGCAGAGAUUACCUGACCUUGGACUUGGACUCUAUGCAAUAUACAGCAGCCACCUUCAUUGCUGGCUACACCAAGCACAAGUGGCAAAACAAUGAGUACUGGUUGGAGAGAGAGAAGACCUACUUGGAGAAGGAGUGUGUCCUGUGGCUAAAGAGAUACUUAACUAUGGGAGGAGAGAACUUUACCCGAACUGACCCUCCACAGACAACAGUGACACACCACCCCAGACCUGAAGGUGAUGUCACCCUGAGGUGCUGGGCCCUGGGCUUCUACCCUGCUGACAUCACCCUGACCUGGCAGUUGAAUGGGGAGGACCUGACCCAGGACAUGGAGCUUGUGGAGACCAGGCCUACAGGGGAUGGAACCUUCCAGAAGUGGGCAGCUGUGGUGGUGCCUCUUGGGAAGGAGCAGAAGUACACAUGCCAUGUGGAGCAUGAGGGGCUGCCUGAGCCGCUUACCCAGAGAUGGGAGGCUCCUCCAGGCACUGACUCCAACAUGGGAAUCAAUGUUAUUGCUGUUCUUCAAGCUGUGGCCAUCAUUGCAGCUGUGGCCAUCAUCAUAGUUACUGUUGUGAGGAGGAGGAGGAGGAGAAACACAGGUGGGGAAGGAGACUACACCCCUGCUCCUCGCAGCCUUUCCAUUUUUAUCCAGCCUGCACCCCAAGCCCGCAGGAGCUGGCUAACCCAGCAAGCCUGGCUGGCGUGGAAGUCUCACGCCUCAACCCCCAUCAUCACACCUCUGCCUGCCUAG